UAGUAUUACCAACCAUUUUAUUUAUUUUGUGUCUAUGUUCCCUUACUCUUUCAGAAUUAACUUUCUGGUAUCCCUUGCCAUGGCUGCCACUAGUGUUCUUACGUGAGUCUUUGUUUGUAGUAGCAGUGUUCCUCUUAAAACAAAGGUUUCUUUUUUUAAUUGACGUAAUGGUUGAUUGCGUUAUUUUAAUAGACCCAACAUCGCCUGCGGUGUUGACAUGUAAGUAUUCAUAGGUUAAAUAACACAAAGAUUCAUUCAAAAAGUUUUUGGAAUAUCGGGCUUGGCGCUUAUAGACUUUGUUCAAAGGUGGCGGUUUAUCAUCCUGUUGUUCCCUUGUUCCUUUUUUCUUUUUGCAUGCUCAGUUACUCUUUAUUUGAUCUCUGUUGGAGGCAACGUGGCUUGGUGCAGACUAUAUGUAGGUUGUAACCUAUUAGUUGUUCCAUGAAGGCCAAUUUGUAAUAUUCUGAAAUUUCUUUUAAUUUCAGUUUUUGAUAACCUACACUUUAAAUGUAAAUGUCUGCCAGUUUCCUGCGGAUCUGUUUCAGGUCGCUCGUUGCAUUCCAGCUGGUUAAAUUUGAAGAAAAACAGAGGUGUUGUAAAACUUUGGAAUGGAACUGUAACUUUCUCUUGGUUUGUCUGAUUUAUCCAGCUUGAAUCCUGUGCCACAGUUCCGCCGCGAGACCUCCGGCGAACUGACCCUGAAGGCCUCCGCCGAGGCGAUCCAGGUCGCCAAGGCAUACGGCCUGAGCGCCACCGUGCCGUACAGGGUCAAGUCGGCCGAGAUGGUCAAGGAGCAGGCCAGGAGACAGGUGCGGGCAGCAGGCGGUGACCCCGGGGACUCCAGGCUGGUGCGCAGCGUCAGCGAGCUCCAGUUUGGACAGUACCGGGGUCAAACUUUUAAAUGGUUGCUGACCCAUGACCUCGGCUAUGCCGUCAUGGUGUUGGCAACCCACCAGAGGGAGCGCGAAGAUGGCCAGGUGUCGGAUAGCCCGCUGGCGAGCAAUAAGAACGCCCUGGAGUCCUACGCCUGGCUCUUUCCCGAUGUGAAGACGGCCAUCCGUCGUCGACGGGAGAGAGACGGGUCGGCCAGGACCCUGGACGAGGGCAAGAGGCUCGUCGGCUUCGGCCAACAUGGACACCUGACGUUUGAGGCCCUUUACGAUGCGGAAGAUCGGGAGGCUAAGAGUUACAUCAAAUGGCUCCGGCGCCAGACCACCAAAGUCGGGACCAAGAUGCAUGCGCUCCAGCUGUAUGUGCGGCGGAGAGACGAGGCAAAGGCAGCAGCAACCUCCUCCCUUCCCAAAACCACCACUGUUACCCCCACCGCCUCUCUCUCUGCAGCAGCCUCCGUCGUCGAGAUUCCCGAUGACGUGCUGCUGUCGGCCAGCAUGGAGUUGGAGGCUGCAUCUACCUCCCAGUCUGCAACCAGUGGAGGGCCCGUGCCAUCCCAGCGCUCCCAACCGACGGCUGAUCCGGGAAAGCAGCCUUCGCAAAUGCUGUCUGUAGCCAGGAGAGAGCUACUUUUACCCGAGGGCUGGAGGACUUCCCUACCCAAAGAACAGCAUGUGUGGGUAAGUCGGGCCCUUUUCACCAGGGGCAAGGAUGGAAAGCCUGUUCUGACGUCCAACCUUCGCCUUUGGUGGUAUCCUCCCGGCCCCCGCAACGUGCACCUCCAGCCCCCGACAUCGCCCGACACCUUUUUUCAGCGCCCGUUCUUCCUGUGGAUGCCGUACCGCAUGUGGGGCUACAAGCUGUCCUGCACGGUGUGCAGCCACAGGUUGUCGGGAGCCGGACUCUACAGGACCGUCCGGAGGGUCCUGGAGUCAGACGGAUGGUACUUUAUGGCCACGGAGUACCUGGAGUGCCGGCGCUGCAAGAAGAAGGUGGCGGGCUGGUCACAGGAUGUCUUGGAUCAGCUGCACUGCACCCAUCGGGAUGACUUUCCAGCUAUCCUGACUUACAGAUUAUCCUGCGACAAAAAGCUCAUGGGGCAGAUGCGUGAGCGCACGCUGGGCAACGGGGCCACCCGGCUGCGCAGAUAUCUGCUCGAGGAGCACGUCAAGUCCUGGUUGGAGCGGUCCAGACAGUUCAUGUUCGCGGUCACCAAGUUCAUCACAUCGGGUGCCGAGCCAUCUACGACUACGCCUCGACCACCACGGAUGACCCCGGUUCCCGGUGUAAAGUGGUUGCUGUCCAUCUAUGCCAGGGAGGUGGCUUCGAGGAUAGAAGAGACCAAGGCCCGGAUCACCUCCAUCUUUGGCUCAUUCUUGAAGAUGGACUCAACCAAGAAGGUGACCAAGAAACUUGCUGGUGCCGCGGCAGGAACGGCAGCCUGGGUGACCAACGUGGGGAAUGAGUAUGGCCAGGUCUUAAUCAGCGUCCUCACUGCAGCCGAGGGUGCUGGCCUGUACCCCAUGGCCACCGUGCUGAUGCGGCGAUACCGUGAUGCCGGUGUGUCCCCGCCUCUGGUCCUCUAUGUGGACCGAGACUGCUGUUCCCACGGGGGACCAUCCAAGGUGUCCCUCUUAUUCCAUCAGUGGGAUCAGCUAGUGGUGCGGCUCGACGUGUGGCACCUGAUGCGACGCUUCGCGGAGAAGGAUUGA